ACACAAUUACACGCGCCCCACGUGCCUCGCGCGUCUGUGGGCGCGCGUCGACGCGUCGCGCUAUCUAAUCUGCAUUGUUUACGCGUUGUUUGGCGCAUGCCGACGGCCCGGCAGCCCCAGGGCACUCCUCAUAUGAGUGCCAUCUUGCGAGACUUCAGCCGAGUCUUGCUCACCAGAUAACGAGCAAGUGACCGCUAUGGCGUGCAAGGCCGGCGGAAUGGCGACAAACCCGUUGUGUAUUUAUGCGGGCAUGGCUGCAGACAGCAGCCAGCACCUCGCACAGCCCAGCGGAGUCCCAGCAUCGCCAUGUCUACAGCGGUCGAAACAAUUACUCGUCCUAUCGCCGAGUCGAUUCCCAGCUCGGUCACUGUCCGUGCCGCUGCCAAUCCGGCAGAGAACAAUGAGCAGGGCAAGACCGAGGAACCUUACCGCUACGCGCGUCUUCUUCCGGUCUUUCCACGCGACGAGCACUAUCCGCCUCUGACUCCGUUCGAUCAUAUCGAUCCGGGCAGCCGCGCACUGUCUCACCCAAACCCCCGGUCCUUCCUGGACAACGCAAGCAGCAUCGUGCAGCUGACGCCCCAUCUUGGCGAAGAGGUUCGCGGAGUCAGCCUCGCUGCGCUCGACAGUGAUGGGAGAGAUCAGCUCGCGCUUGAGGUCGCCCGUAGGGGUUUGGUGGUCUUCAGGGAUCAGCGCGACUUCGUCGACCGCGACCCAGAAGCCUACCUCGAAUUUGGCCGCCACUUCGGCCGCCUUCACAUCCACCCUACGUCGGGGCAUCCCGAAGGCUACCCAGAGCUGCACCUCGUGUACCGCGAUGCGAACGCGACGUACAACUUCGAGCGCGAGGACCGCAUCACGUCCACGACCUGGCACUCGGACGUCUCGUACGAGCAGCAGCCGCCCGGCCUGACGACGUUCUUCCUCCUCUCGCAGCCCGACACGGGAGGCGACACCGCGUUCACGUCGCAGGUCGCCGCGCUCAAGCGGCUGUCCCCGCAGUUCGUCGCGUUCCUGCGCACCCUUAAGGCGGUGCACUCCGGCGUCGAGCAGGCGAACUACUCGAGGGCCGGCUACCGUGGUGGCGUUGUCAGGCGCGACCCCGUCGAGAACAUCCACCCUGUGGUCAGGCGGCACCCUGUCACAGGCGAAGAAGCGAUCUACGUCAACAGGCAGUUCACCCGCCGCAUUGUUGGCCUGAAGCGCGAGGAGUCAGAUGCGAUCCUUGAGCUGCUCUACAAUCACAUUGACAGGAGCGUCGACAUUCAGGCGCGCGUCAAGUGGGAGCCAUACACGGUGGUCAUCUGGGACAACAGGAUCACUGCUCACUCUGCGAUCGUCGACUUCAUUUCUGGAGGCCAGAGGCGCCACGGUGUCCGUCUCGCGCCGCAGGCGGAGCGUCCCAUCCCCGCUCUCGACGGGCUCGACUUGUCGGCCUAAGCGCGACACGUAACUUAAGGAUAACACUAUCAAAAAGGAUGUAGAAUCAGAUUUUUGGCGUGUAGCAUUACUAGAAGAAAACUGUUGUACCUGCGGAGUGGAUGAACCGAUGAUAUGUUUGCUGUUCACUGGCUGGAACUACCGAGAGAACCGCACAACGAAGAGAUGUUCACCGCCUGCUCGACGUUGAACAACUAUCU